GUAUGUGCUGCACUCUGGCUCCCUGAGCUAUUGACAGCUCGGUCGUGAUGACGUUCAGUGUCGGGCACGUUGCAGAUCAGUCAGUCCUGGUUGAGGCAGAAGUGACAGCCGGACUCAGAGCACUUUGCCUCGGCUCAGGUUGGCUCGGCUCAGGUUGGCUCGGCUCAGGUUGGCUUGGCUCAGGUUGGCUCGGCUCAGGUUGGCUCAUCUUUGAUGGAACUGGACAUUUGUUUCUGGCUGCGUAUAUGAUCUCUACCUGGACUUUACUGUACGUUGGCCUGUGUGCAAUAUAGUAGGCUAAAUCCACACCUCUCCUCGCAGCCUACAUGUGAGUGUGUGCUGAAUCACUCCUGUGAGUGAUAGUACAUCGCAACAGAGCCAGAUCUUUUCGUUUGUGUGUGUGUAUCGGACAAGAACCUCUUGGGGUGAGUUUUCAGAGCGGUCUGCCUGUAUCUCUGUCAGGGUACCUGUGGAUGUGUGUGUUUCUGUGAGUGUGGGAGCAGCGUGUUCCCUCAUGUCUGUGCAUGAGUUUCUGCUGGAAGGGGAAGGCGAGGUGCCAACCCGGAUCAUGAACAGACUGAGUCAGAUGAUCCAGAGCCUGGACAUCUCUGGCCUGGCCUCCCCCUUCACCCCCACAGCCAGCCAACUCUUGGACGGACUGGAAGUGGAACGGUAGGAGAGUGUGUGUGUGUGUUUCGUGGGUCAUUUCCUCUGGGAUUGAAAGCCUGGCUGGAUUUCUUUAGAGCAGCGAGCCCAGAUCAUCACAGGGUUUCCUGUGGGCUUCCCUGCUACCCACUAGGGUGUGUGUGUGUAGAGUCCUAUCCCAAGUUACCCUGGGACCCUUUAACAAAUAUAAAAGGAGACAAGCAGUAGUCUGAGCUGUAGGAUUUAACACGGUCCACAGAGCACUAACUGCAUGGUUGUUAUACAUCAUGUGGUAGCAGUGACGGUGGUACAGCCCAGUUUGGGAGAGAAUUAGCAAAGCACAGUGUUAGAAGCAAUACAAGUUAGCUAUCAUGAGGGCAUUUUUAUAGUAGUUGCACAGUGGGAGUAGUUUGCAAUAGUGGAUACUGUAGUGAUAACAUCAGUAGAGAACCUCCGAAUCCAGGCCUCCAGACAGGGGGAGAGACAUGCUGAGGAAGCCCAGGAAGAGCCCUCUGAGUCGGACAAGCUGCAGUGGGGAAAAGAUACCCCUGGUGCCACUGAGAUCGAAGCUCUGUGUUGCAGAGUAGGGGGAAAAAGGGGGGAAAAUACUGUCACCACCUUCCUUCCAAGGUUCAUGAACAGAAUGAGAUCAUGCAGCAGGAGAACAGCCCCCUCUGUGCCAUCGACAUCACCCCUGACCUUAGGAAGAAGUUUGCCUUCCUGUUAGGGGGCCGAGGGCAGAACGGCAGCCCCAUCAUCGUGUUCCCAGAGUUCUCUGCUUUCGGAGAGAUUCAGGAGAGGGAGUUCCACAACGUGCUCACUUACUUGACCAACGUCCCCAGUCUGUCUGCAGCAGGAGUGGGUUUCAUUCUGGUCAUUGACCGAAGGCAGGACCGAUGGGCUGCCGUCAAGGGGACCCUGCUCCGCAUCGCAGGUUCAUUCCCAGGGAACCUGCAGUUGGUUCUGGUAUUGAAGCCCACCACAUUAUUCCAGAGGACUCUAUCAGACAUCCUGUUCAAGUUCAACAAGGAUGAGUUCAAGAUGAAGGUGCCGGUGAUUAUGUUGAGUUCUGUGACUGAGCUUCACUCCUACAUAGACCAGACACAAUUGACUACUGACCUCGGAGGAACGCAGGAGUACUGCCACGAGCAGUGGAUCUCACACCGUACCGACAUGGAGGGCUUUGCUUUGAUGGUGAAGAGAACAGCUCAGAUCCUGCAGUCGUUUGGGACAGAGCUUGCAGAGACUGAACUACCCAAUGACAUCCAGGCUACUGCAAACUUACUGAGAUCACACACUGACAAGAAAGACAAGAUGAAGGAGGAUCUACAUGUGGCUCUAGGACAGGGCAGCAGAGUGUUGGAGAGUAUUAAUGAGCCUGUGGUCAGAGAUCCUGAUCACAACAGGAACCAGGGCGAACUGGAGAACCUGUCCACCGUACAGAGACUGUUGUCCCAGUUGGAUGAGACAGAGCGGGCGUGUGAUGAGUUCUGGGGGACACACCAGGCCAAGCUGGAGCAAUGUCUGCAGCUCCGCCACUUUGAACACAACUUCAGAGAGAUGAGAUGUCUGCUGGACCAGGUGGCAGAGAGAUUGACAGCUUUCUCAGAGGUGGGAAUAAACCCUGCCCAUGCUGAUCACAUCUUCUGUGACCUGAACAGCCACGAGGCGAGAGUCUUAGAGGUAUUGGACGAAGCCCAGGCUUUGGCCUGUGAGGGUGACGAGUUGAUCCAGAGCUCUCACUAUGCUGAGGACUCCAUCCAGCCCAAAUGCAGCGAGCUCCGAGCCGUGAGCAAGGAACUUAGUUCCACCCUGAGAGCAAGGAAAGAUCACCUACUCAGAGCUAUGGAACUACACCACAAUCUGGAGAGGGCUGCUAAAUGGUGUGGUGAUGGCCUCUACCUGCUGGCCUCCCAGCCCGUGGACAAGUGUCAGUCACAUGAAGGGGCGGAGUCAGCGCUGCAGGAAAUGGAGCGUUACCUAGAUACGGCAGGACACAACAAACUAACGGAUCCUAGCUCCAUCUACAGUGAUUACAAGACAGUGCUCAACCAGGACUUCAGGGAUCAAAUAGAUCAAGUCUUUCAGAAGCAGGUAUCCGUGCAGGAGAUGUUUGAGAAGAGGAUGGUCAGUCUGAAGAAGCUGGCAGCCAAACAAACCAGGCCAGUCCAGCCUGUGGCACCAAGGCCUGAAGCCUUCAUCAAGUCCCCACUCUCCUCGCCAGCAAAGAGAGUGCUGGAGAAGAGUUGUUCAGAGGGAGACUCUGUGAAUGAGGUCAGCAGUAGAACAGUGGAGGGCCAGCUACAGAGCAGCAGAAGUACCUCACUGUCAGAGGAGGACGAGAACCUGGCCAUCCUCAGAAAACAUGUAAUGAAUGAGCUACUGGAGACAGAAAGGGGGUACGUGGAGGAACUGCACUGUGUCCUACAGGGCUAUGCCUCAGAGAUGGACAAUCCAGCCAUGGUCAGCCUCAUGCCCGCUCCUCUGCAGAACAAGAAAGAUGUGCUGUUUGGCAACAUGCCAGAGAUCUACACCUUCCACAAGAGGACCUUUCUGAGGGAGUUAGAAGAGUACCAAGGCUGCCCGGAACUUGUGGGUCGUUGUUUUCUGCAGAGGAUGACAGACCUGCAGAUCUAUGAGAAGUAUUGUCAGAAUAAACCUCGCUCUGAGAGCUUGUGGAGACAGUGCUCCGACUGCACCUUCUUCCAGGAAUGUCAGAAGAAGCUGGAACAUAAACUGGGCUUGGAUUCCUAUCUCCUGAAACCGGUCCAGAGGAUCACCAAAUACCAGCUCCUGUUGAAGGAGCUGCUAAAGUACAGUAAGGGCUGUGAGGGGUCAGAGGCCCUGCAAGAGGCGCUCACCUCUAUCCUGGGAAUCUUGAAGGCUGUCAAUGACUCCAUGCAUCUCAUUGCUAUCACUGGAUACGAUGGUCACCUGGGUGACCUGGGCCGGCUGCUGAUGCAGGGGUCAUUCAGCGUGUGGACGGAACACAAGAAAGGUCACGCCAAGGUCAAGGACAUGGCCCGCUUCAAGCCUAUGCAGAGACACCUGUUCCUGCACGAGAAAGCCCUGCUCUUCUGUAAGAGACGCGAAGAGAAUGGGGAGGGCUACGAGAAAGCCCCGUCCUACAGCUUCAAACAGUCCCUUAGUAUGAGUGCUGUGGGCAUCACUGAGAAUGCCAAAGGUGACAACAAGAAGUUUGAGGUCUGGUGCAACUCACGGGAGGAGGUGUACAUUGUGCAGGCCCCGACGACUGAGGUGAAAACCACGUGGGUGAAUGAGAUCCGGAAGGUUCUGACAACACAGCUGGAGGCCUUCAGAGAUCUCCCUGCAUGUCUUCCAGAAGCCAGCCAACAGAGGUCGUCAGACGGACUGUUCCAGUUCCCUCCUACCGCUGGAGAACCUGUCAGCCUUGGUUCAUUUAGAAGAGGGGAGAGGAGCAUGAAAGUGAAGAAGGGAGAACCCAGCAGCCCCGACGCUAACUCCUCCCCAAUAACCAAAGACGGGGCAGUGACCAGUCCUACCUUUAACAGAGCAGCAGUGGCUAAAAAGCGUUUUACCUUGCAGGGCUUCAGCAACUUCAGCAAAGGUUCUCCCACAAGCCCUGACCAUAAAACCAAACGUCAUGAGAUAAAGAGUGAUCCCACUCCGUUCGGCUUCAAAGGAUGGACCAAGGGCUCUCUCUCAUUGGAUGCCAACGAGGAGAAUGAUGGGUACUCUAGCACUGAAGAGCCCCUAACCUCCGACCCUGAGGACGAGGGGGGAAAGAAACUGUGUGCAGGGAAGUACACAGUGAUGUCUGACUAUGAGAAGUGCAGCACCCAGGAUCUGUCAGUCAAGAGUGGUGAAACAGUUCAGCUGAUCAAGGAGGGAGAAGAUGGCCAGUGGUUUGUGAAGAAUCUGAAGACUAAGCAGGAGGGCUGGGUGGCUGCUGCCAACCUUGACACCCUGAUUGGAGAGUCCACGUCUUGCCAGUCUCUCACCAGCUCAGAGGGCAGUGGCUCAGGGAACCUCAGCACUUCAUCCAGCUGCUGUGAGACCAACACCAGCUCCUUUGACAUCAAGCCCUGAACCCUUCCCUGGCCACAUCAGGCCGCCACUGGUCUCCAGAGCCGAAAGCUACAGCACCAGCUGGUGGCUCCCCCAACAAAGCAGUACUUUCUCCCCCACCCAAAACCCAAUUUAGCCUCUCCUUACCCAGAGGCAAGCCCCUGGAUUAGGAUGCUGGUCAGCCACUUCAAGAAAAUGCCAACUAAUGCCAAUGUUCCAGUGACCAGUCUAUAGAUAGUAGUGUCAUUGAUUAGAGAAUGGAUCUGGUGCCCUGGUGUAAUUGUAGAGACACAGAGCAGUGUUUGUAGAAAGAAGCUACAUUCAUCCAUCUAUCCACACAUCCACAGGAUGAGCAAGUGGAGUAUGAGGUCUAGGAUUGAUGGAGGGUGAACUGUUCCUAGAUCUGACCGUCAGCUGUGCAAGCAGACCUGAGGCAGGCUAAUAUCAAUGGCACUACGGCAGACAAAAUGCUAUGGACAAGCUGGAACCUGGCAUAACCAAUAGAAUUUGAAUAACAUUCUAGAAUGAAUUAGAAUUCUAAUUCUAUGAAUCUGAUCAGGUGUCAGUAAUGACAUGGAUCGUGUUGACCGGUCUUGUUGUACUGUAGGCCUGUGUCACUGUUAUAGUUCUGUUGGUCCACAUCAUGGUAGCUUUGACUGUCUAGAAAUAGACAAGACUCUUCGUAUUUUUCAAAUAGAAAGUUAUUGUAAAUAAAAAAGAUUAUGAAUGCAAUGAAUGUAAAGUAUACCUUGUUUAGCUUUUCAGAUUGUUGCUCGAUGAGUGUUACCAGUCACCUCAAACAUGUGACCAUGGAAGUAACCAGUAUGACCUAUGGUAGGCCUAUGACUAUCUUAUUGCCUGUUGGACAGUGGGGGUAACUGUGUAUUUGAAAGCUGAGGGAUGUGAAUGACUAGUUAUGUACUUUGAUAAACAUGUUAUUCUACAUAUUUCUAUCUCUGUAAUGUAAUCUCUCUCUACUAUUUCUAUCUUGCUUGGCCUUCCACCCCCUUGUCCUCUUAAUUAGCUUACCCUGUCCUACAACAUUAGUUUUGUAUGACUCAGACCACAGGAGGCUGCUGAGGGGAGGACUACUCAUAAAAAGGCCUGGAAUGUAAUGAAUGGAAUAGUAUCAAAUGCAUGGAAACCAUUUAUUCAGUUCCAGCCAUUACUUUGAGCCUUGUCCUCCCCAAUUAAGGUGCCUCCAACCUCCUGUGAUUCAGACAGAGCAGACACAGUAUUCACUGUUGGUUGUCCUCGUCAAAUAACUUUGAGAUCCCUUUUUCAUCCACUCCUACGGCUGUCCAGUCACACAUGUAUUAAACAUGACUUUGGGUAUAGGCUGUCCAGUCACACAUGUAUUAAACAUGACUUUGGGUAUAGGCUGUCCAGUCACACAUGUAUUAAACAUGACUUUGGGUAUAGGCUGUCCAGUCACACAUGUAUUAAACAUGACUUUGGGUAUAGGCUGUCCAGUCACACAUGUAUUAAACAUGACUUUGGGUAUAGGCUGUCCAGUCACACAUGUAUUAAACAUGACUUGGGAUGUAUGUUGUCCAGUCACACAUGUAUUAAACAUGACUUUGGGUAUAGGCUGUCCAGUCACACAUGUAUUAAACAUGACUUGGGAUGUAUGCUGUCCAGUCACACAUGUAUUAAACAUGACUUGGGAUGUAUGCUGUCCAGUCACACAUGUAUUAAACAUGACUUGGGAUGUAUGCUGUCCAGUCACACAUGUAUUAAACAUGACUUGGGAUAUAUGCUAGUCAUUUUACAGGCAUUUCUCCAUGUGUACUGUGAACUUUGCUCCUUUUGUUAAUAACUCAGUAUCCAGUAUAUAGUCUUAAAUUAUUUAUUGCUUUACAAUCAUUUAUAAAGAUAUUGUUUAUUACCUCACUAUUUUCUUUAAGAAAUCAGAAAUUCUGUCAGCAUUGUCUGUUUUUUUGUAUUAAAAAGGACUUUGUGUCAACUAA